ACAAGUCAGAGCCACCAGGGUCGCUCUAGAAUAAUAAUUGCAUCCAGUAGCAGUUUUGUUUACGAAUUACUUUAUAAGUAUUAUAAAUGUGUAAUGGAAAGUUGCUUAGACGUUUUAUUUUUCGGUUUACAUUAGUUUUAAUGUUUUGUUGAGAGGGUGGGAUACAAAAUAGCAAGUGGUGUGUGAGCUAUUUGGUUGUGUAGUUCCUUAUUCCACAGCCUGGCGCCGCACUCCUGUCACUCUGUCAGUGAGUCUCUGUCGGCCGGUAGCUUCUGCUACUUAGCCCGGGCCUUUGCUCGGGCCUCCCCGCCCACCAUCUCCAGUUAGUACCGCCAUGGCUACAAAGAAGGCCGGUUCCCGCCUUGAGACGGAGAUUGAACGCUGCCGCUCUGAAUGCCAAUGGGACCGGAUCCACGAACUCGUCAAGCAGCUCUCUGCCAAGCUCAUCUCUAAUGAUGAUAUGGCUGAGCUUCUUCUGGGAGAGGCCAAACUUGAACAGCAUCUUAAGGAUAACCCCAUCAAACAGGGAGCAAGUCCUCGAGGACCAUGGCUAAAGCUGACAGAUGUCCGCAAGCACCUUACAGCUGCAUUGGACAGAGGCAAUCUUAAGCAAGAUUUAAUGCAAGAAGCCAACCUGCUAAUGGCAAAGCUGAAUUAUGUUGAAGGUGACUACAGGGAAGCCUUAGAUAUUUAUGCCAGGGUAGGCCUGAAUGACCUGCAGCUUGUGGCCUCUCCUGCUUACAAGCUGAGGAUGAUUGCUGAAGCCUUCUCAACUAAAGGUCUUUGUUUGGAGAAACUGCCACGCUCUUCUUCCACUAAUAGUCUUCAUUUGGACCGUGACCAGGAAAUUAUCACUUGCUACGAGAAAUCUGGAGAUAUUGCACUGUUGUACCUUCAAGAGAUGGAAAGGGUACAAACAGCUAAUCUCCAGAACCGCAGUCCCAAGCCAGGGCCUGUGGCCCCAGACCAAGAACUGAGUUUCUUCUUGGAGACUGGCCUUCAGCGAGCACAUGUUCUCUACUUCAAGAAUGGGAACCUGACUCGUGGUGUGGGGAGAUUCCGAGAGCUUUUAAGGGCUGUGGAGACCCGAACUACACAAAACCUGAGAAUGACAAUAGCCAGGCAGCUAGCAGAGAUAUUGCUCCGUGGCAUGUGUGAACAGAGUUACUGGAACCCACUAGAAGAACCACCCAACCAGUCCCCCUUGGAUGACCCAUUCCGACAUGAACUUAACACGAAAAGAUAUCCGCUCAGUAGGAAACCUAAAGUUUACAUGGGAGAAAACAUUUUCUGCCCACAAGAAAACACAGAAGAGGCUCUCUUGCUCUUGCUCAUCAGUGAGUCCAUGGCUAACAGGGAUGCAGUGUUAAGUAGGAUCCCAGAGCACAAGAAUGAUCGGAUUAUUAGUCUUCAAAGUGCUUCUGUAGUGUAUGAUCUCCUUACAAUUGCCCUGGGGAGAAGAGGACAGUUUGAAAUGCUUUCUGAGUGUUUAGAACGUGCCAUGAAAUUUGCAUUUGAGGAAUUUCAUCUUUGGUAUCAGUUUGCCCUCUCUUUAAUGGCUGCAGGAAAGUCUGCCCGAGCUGUGAAGGUUUUAAGAGAAUGUAUACGCUUGAAACCAGAGGAUGCCACCAUCCCUCUCCUAGCUGCCAAGCUCUGUAUGGGAUCCUUGCAUUGGAUGGAGGAAGCUGAAAGAUUUGCUAAGAUGGUUGUUGACUGUGGUGAGAAGAGCCCAGAAUUUAAGGCCAAAGGAUACCUGGCCUUGGGACUCACAUACAGCCUGCAGGCCUCUGAUGCCUCACUGCGGGGUGUGCAGGAGGACCUGCAGCGGAAAGCCCUACUUGCAUUCCACAAGGCACACAGCUUGUCUCCUACUGACCACUUGGCAGCUUUCUAUUUGGCACUACAGCUAGCAAUAUCCAGACAGAUCCCAGAAGCUUUGGGAUAUGUCCGUCAGGCUCUCCAGCUCCAAGGAGAUGACUCCAACUCUUUGCACCUGCUAGCACUCUUGCUUUCAGCCCAAAAACACUAUCAUGAUGCUCUGAACAUUAUUGACAUGGCACUCAGCGAAUAUCCAGAGAACUUUAUAUUAUUAUUUUCCAAAGUAAAAUUGGAGUCUUUAUGUCGGGGUCCUGAUGAAGCCCUCCUGACCUGCAAACACAUGCUCCAAAUAUGGAAGUCUUGUUACAACCUCACAAACCCCAGCGAUUCCGGCCGAGGGAGCAGUCUGUUAGACAGAGCCAUUGCUGACAGAAGACAGCUCAAUACAAUUACCUUACCUGAUUUCAGUGAUCCAGAAACAGAUUCAGAUUCCGAUUCCCUUUCAAGACCCGAAUCUCCUCUCCAUUUAUUUGUCUCCUCUCAUCUUCCUCACUGUCCUCCCAAACCUGAUCAUAUAAUAAAGGCUCCAGCCAGCUCCGAGACCCCUUCUGGGCAACCUGAGCCUCCACUCUGCUGUUCUUCAGAGGCUCCUCACAUUCAUGGCUUUUACUCAGUGUUUGCUGUGUGUUCAGUCCAUGCAACAUCAAUAGCUGCUUCCCGUGUGGAGCAGGCACUGUCUGAAGUUGCCUCAUCACUGCAAAGCAGUGCCCCAAAGCAGGGUCCACUUCACCCGUGGAUGACAUUGGCACAGAUAUGGCUUCAUGCAGCUGAAGUAUACAUCGGAAUAGGAAAACCUGCAGAGGCCACAGCUUGUGUCCAGGAAGCAGCUAAUCUUUUCCCCAUGUCCCACAAUGUACUCUAUAUGAGAGGUCAAGUGGCCGAGUUACGAGGAAAUAUUGAUGAAGCCAAACGUUGGUAUGAAGAAGCAUUAUCGAUUAGUCCUACUCAUGUAAAGAGCAUGCAGAGAUUGAGUCUGAUUCUUCACCACUUGGGACGGUACAGCUUGGCGGAGAAGAUCUUACGAGAUGCUGUGCAGGUGAACUCAACAGCCCAUGAGGUGUGGAACAGUCUGGGGGAGGUGCUGCAGGCUCAGGGCAAUGAUGAUGCGGCUACUGAGUGCUUCCUGACUGCUCUGGAACUGGAGGCCAGCAGCCCAGUGAUACCCUUCACCAUCAUACCCAGAGUUCUGUAAGAGUUUAGCAGGGCAUUUAAACCCAGUUGUGGCUAAUGGUGCAUGUUUAGCAAUGGGACAGCACAGCCCAAACACUUAGCAGUUUAUCCACAGUCAGGUGAGAUUCAGUGUGCAUUUGAUUCCCUCAUUCCUAAUGUUAGGUGUUCAGCUAAUAAGAACAAAGUAGCUAUACAAUAUAGUGGUUCCACUUACUAUGUAGUCCCACAGGAGCAUGCACUUCAUUACAAAGUGCACAUCAAUCACGUGCAGGAGAGAAAUAAAUGCAGCUCCUAACUUUUGUGUUUUGCACUUUGGGUGACAACAACUUCUGAACUCCUGUCACUGUUACAAUGUGAUCCAAACUGUACAGUGUGUCUGGCAACUCUGCAUUCAGCUAGCUCCUGCAUGCUUAUAGCACAUAUGGUUUUAGAUGAAGAGCAAUAGCAUAGAAUGACAUGACUAAUGGUUAAUUAGCUAGGAGAACUGCUUUUAGGGCAGAUACAUUAAUACUGUUGAUUUUAAGUAGUAUGGGGUAGCGCUCCAAUUGGACUUGGGACUGAAGGAGGAGGCCUAAUAAAGUGCCAAUGUCAUGUUAGAAUGGAGUUUGUUACAAGCUGUCUACAUGGAGAUGGAGGAGAGAGCUCUAAGGCCUUUCACACCUCCUAAUACAGAUGUGCUGUUCAUUGUAAUUGUCUUGUAGCCAUAUCCUCGCUAGUGCCAAAAUAAGGCAACAACUGAAAUAAUACACAGUGUCAUUGUCCAUCAUUUGGCCAUGUCUUUUAUAGAAUAUAAGCAGAUAUGCAAAUCCAAUAUCCUGAAAUGAGUCUGAGAUUCCUGUUUCAAUGGACUACAUAAGCUGAACUGUAACUGCAGAUCAAUAGCAGCCAGUCAAGGUGUGGGAGAUCUUUCCAGUUUCUACCUUGUGGCUGCUGCUCAUCAUCCUGUUACAGCUUGCCCUAUGCACAUGGCUGUGGACAUAGCAUAUUUAUUAUUCUAUUUGAUUUAGUCACUGUAUGUCAUUGGCAGUCUGUAUAAUAACACAUAGCUGACAUCCCCAGAUGCAAGGCCUAGAUAUGCUGUUACUUCUGGCCCACAAAUGUGAAUAUGCUGUAUUUUUCUAUCACUGCUGAACGUCAUGGUCCUGUCCGUAGCUGUCCAGUGGCAAAUUGUUGGCAGGAAGAGACAUUUAUAUUUUGAGAACUGUAUGCCUGUUACAAGACCGUAAGGAAAUAUUUGUUGUAUUUACGUUUUUUUUAAUGUGAAUUCAGAGUUUAUUUAUCAAGACAAUAUGUACAAAUGGAUUGAUGUUCUGACAUCUCUUGUGAUUAAAUGAAUCUAAUGUACCUAUGCUGAUGUCAAUAAAAAGUUUUCUAAGUGA